AUGUCCACCUCAAACUUCAUCUCCGCAAACAAACUCCACAAGACCCGCAUCCUCCUCCUAGGCGGCACCUCAGGAAUCGGCUUCGCCGUCGCCCGCGCCGCCCUCGAACACGGCGCCUCCGUGAUCCUCUCCUCAUCCAACCCCGAAAAAGUCACCAAUGCCAUCGCCCGCCUGAAAACCCUCUACCCAGACGAGCCGUACGCCUCGCGCAUCGCCGGAACAGCAUGCGACCUCGGCAAAGACGACGAGGCUAUCGAGGCGGAGAUCGUGGCGCUGUACGAGUUCGCCACGAGGCCGGAUCUCUUCGGCUCUGGGUCUGGCUCAGGGACAAGUGAGGGGAAGGUCCCAAUCAACCACAUUGUUUUCACGGCGGGCGCCGUGCCACGCACCCUCGCACCCACGGAUCCAAAUGUGACCGCGUCCUACCUCCGCUCCCUAAACACAAUCCGCUUCAUUGGCGGCGCCCUCGUCGCGAAGCAUGCGCCUGCUUACAUGCCCAAGCCAACCACGGGUCUCACGACAACACCCAGCGCGCCAUCGAGCUCGAUUACGUAUACGUCUGGCGCGCUGGUGGUCCGUCCCGCCCCCGGGAUGAGCCUGGGUCUUGCGGGGGCCGGCGCGAUAGAGGUCUUCUCGCGCGCGUUGGCGGUUGACCUGGCGCCGCAUGGGAUUCGGGUUAAUGCGGUUGCGCCGGGGCCGGUGUUGACGGAGAUGCUGGAGGAUAUUGCGGAGAAGGGGCAGGGGGGGCGGGAGGGGGUUCUUGGGGCUUAUGCGCGGGAGACGGUGCUUGGGAGGGUUGGGGCGCCGGAGGAUACGGCGGAGGCGUAUUUGGCGCUUAUGAGGGAUGGGUUUGCGACGGGGGUGUUGUUGAGGAGUGAUGGGGGGUUUACGUUGAAGUAG